UGCAUGAACCCUUUGACGCGGAAACUCGCCCAUCCAUUGUCUAAAUUCUUUGACCCCGUUGUCCAUAUGCAGGGCCUGCGCUCAAAUGCGUGGCGCCAUGGAUUGAUUCACAUCUAUGGCGACAGACAGUCUAUUAAGUAUCGACAUUGCAAAUCUCAAGGCGGACAUUCUCGCGCCGUUGGAGUCGGGCCACGAACAGCCAGACCCAGAACACAAAGCGCACACAGGAGUCCAAGUCACGGCAGAUUGUGACAUUCAACUUGUCCUUCCUGACACCCAACCAGCUUCCGUUCCCCAACUCCCCAGCACGGUCCCCGAUUCUCAGCUCAUCCUCGCAGAUGCCGAAAGCCAGCUCCAACUCCUUCCACCUGCGUUCGCGCCGAUCAAAGCAGUUGCCACCACGCAGAAGAUGACUAGUCAAGGAAGCGAUGCUCCGACGCAAGAACUGUCUCCUUCACACUAUGAGCAGCUUCUCGACCGCAGUAGAAGCGCAGGACAACUGCCAGACGAAGGAUAUGGUCUUGAAUUGGUCCAACACUUGGAAGAAGAGACUGGAGCAACAUUGCAUGAGGGCGAUGAAGGUCAGAUUGACCUGAUUUCAAGCUUGGUCUCGCAGAAGGAACCAGCUAGUGAUGGAGACGAGGAACACUCGCAGUCUGCCCAGGUUGACUUCUCUCCUGCCAAGUCACUACGCGCUCUUUCCCAGUUUCCAGAGUCCCAGCGAUUCAAGACCCCAGCCACCGCUGGUAGAAAGAGAAGGUACAAUGGAGAUGUCGUGGACAGCCCGGAGUUGCCUCGAAAUCCUCUACUCCUAGGUGGCGAAGCUCAUGCCCAUGUCAUGGGUCUCAGCCAGGCAUUUGCUGCAACUCAGGCUAACACCUCGCCUUUUAUCGGCGAUGCCAAUGGAGAUCUGCACUCUGACCGUCCGUCACCAAACAUCGAGCUGCAGCCCCGUCCUGUGACAGCUGCGACUUCAUCGCCUCUACGCCCCAUUUCUGACUUUAAGCGAGCCUCGACGGAGCCGGCUUCCCGGUACGUCUCUGUAAAACAGUCUCAGGCUCUACGAGAACGAGCUCGUCGGAUGCAACUAGAAAUGCUGAACGAGGACGAGGAUUCUGGUCACGAUAGUUUUGAUGACGACGAGGAUAGUUUCCUUGACAGAGAGCGGAGACGUCGUGAACGUGAUCGAAAGAUACAGGCCCAGCUUUCGUCAAUAUCAAAGCAAUCUAUGAGAAGUAUCUCUUUGUCGAAGUCGUCUCCCAUCCCUGGACCCGCUCGAAGUUCUACAGAGAGAUCCCUUCCUGUAACACGACCCAGAAUUCAAAGCGAUUCAAGCCCGAUUAGGCAGGCUCGACACAUCUCGAGCAAUGAAAGCGAAGAAGAAACGGAGCAGGAAGAUAACACCUCCGUCGCCGUGACGCGCUCGAGUCAGCCGAUAGUGCUGGUGGACGACGAAGACAAGGAGAAUUUCUCGGAUAGAGCAAGUCACAUACCUGAAACCACUGCCAGACUCCACCGGGUAAUGAGCGACAUACCUUCUCACGUACAAGACAGCCCCUUACUCAGACAUGGCCAAGAGACUCACGGUCAUGUCAUAGCUUUCAACAGCUCACAAUUGUUUGCUGUGGCAGAUUCGCAGCCUGAACGGCACCUGAAGCAACAUCGGACGACUACGCAAGUUCCCAGAUCCUCUGCUGCUGAUCCGGUACUUGAUUUUGUUCCCCAGUCUCCCACAUCAUCACCCCCGGGACCUUUCUCCACAAACCGAACGAAUUCGGCUUCGGCUAUACCUAUUCACCUGUCGAUUACGGCAGCAGAUCAAGAUCUCUCAACAAAUGAAGCAGCAGGCGCUUUAGUUGACCUCACUGGGCUGAGCUCGGACUCCCAAACACGCCGACCACCAACCAGCACUGUUCCUGAGACCAGCUCCAAUGAACAACAGGUUCGAAGCGGGAAAGAGUCCGAACCAGAACCCCAAACUGGUGAUGCUGAGAGUCAUGACACGUUUGAUACAGCACGAACUCACAAGCAAGCCUCCACCGCGGCCAUUGAACAACCUGCCGCAACCGAGUUGAGCAGUCCUCCUAUUGUCACCACGCCGCCGGGUCGGCGGCGGAAACGCAUGGCGGAGAUUGCUGCAGAGCCUUCGCCUCUCAAAUCACAGACCAGCUUCAACGCAACUGAGGCGCUGCAGCUGGAUGCGAACUUCCAAAGUCCCAUUCGCGCCAAUCAUUCACCAAAGCGGAUCAAUAGAAAGCCAUUGAAGGAUGCAGAUAUGCCUGUGUUCCGUCGUUCUGAUGGUACACCGCGGGAAAACAUUGUCAACGAACCAGAAUCUACUGAGGCUUCCAGCCUAGCCAAGGAUCCGAAUGGGUUGGGUGUUCCUCAAUCAGAAUCAAGUAAUGGUCACCCAGAAGAGGCCAUGCAAGCAGUGUCACUCCCUCUAACGUACUCGCGGAGGGAAAGGAGGCCAACUGCGAAGGCAUUGAGUGCUCUCAGAACACAGCCUCAGGCCGCGAGUUUGACAGCUCGGACAUCGGGAUGGGACCUUCAGGACUCGCCGCCACAAAAUGCCGUCCCUCUCAGCGAGCCUUCGGUAGGGGUGAAGCGAAAGGCAAAAGAUGACGGUCUUUCGGAGGAGAUUCCCAGGACGUUAAACAAGCGGCAUAAGCCAGUGAAGAUCGCUGCGCUGAGGCCACCAUUGCUUGAGAGUGUUGCACAUCAACAGAACAAUCUCGAUCCUGUUGGAUUUGCUAAAUCUCCAGAUUUGAAUUCCACCCUGGCACCACCGGUCGACCCUGAGCCGAGAAAUGAGUCCAGCGCACGAGACAUAGCGCCAAACAUGGUGUUUGCAUGCUUCAACGGAAAAACCCGUGCAUAUCACCCUGCCAUUUGUCUUGGGCGUCCAAACUCUACCUCGAACCGAUUUCUGAUUCAAUGGGAAGGAUACGAACCAGAAGAGAUAGAUGAGCGUGGUGUGCGGCGCUUGGACUUGCGCAUUGGGGACCAAGUCAAGAUCGAUAUGCAGGGUUUUCCCAAGAUUUCUCACAUUGUUCGAGGCUUCCAAGACCAAAUUAUUCGAGAAGACAUCUUGACCGACCGAGCUGUGGUGACUGAUAUCCAUGGGUAUCAGACAGUACUCGUGGCUCCAAAGCAACGGAAGAACCUGCUCCCAGAAGUGUCGGCCGAGAAUGCGAAGAAGGUGCCUGUCUCAGCAGUGUACCUGGACAGCAACAUGUGGGGGCAGAUGAAAGACCGGAUCUACGAGUACAAGCCUUCAAUCCACGUUGUGCUUUCAUCUGGCAUUUCCACCCCCUUGGAUCGAGCCUCUACGCCAAGCACACCGUCAUCACGAACUCGUCGAGGCAUACCUGCUCCUGGGCCCUUGGCUGUGCAAAUUGACCUAACAAAAGGUCUACUUGGUAGAAUGGCAUUUGCGAUUUCGUACGAAGACAGUGACCGCAAGCGAUGUCUUGUGGACCUGGUGCAGAGUCAUGGUGGUAUCGUCCUACGGGAGUCGUUCCUCGAUCUCUUCGAGCCGGACUCGACGCAGCUCAAAGAGGAGUUUUCGGGCUUUUCGUUCGCUGCUCUUCUCACGGACCGUCACUCCCGCAAAGAGAAAUACCUCCAAGCUUUGGCUCUGGGAUUACCCUGCCUCAGUGGGAAAUGGAUCGAAGUUUGCGUCAAAUCUGACAAGAUUGUCGAUUGGGCGAGUUACCUCCUCCCGGCUGGGGAAAGCACCGAGCUCGAAGGCGCAACAAAGUCGCGCAUCCUACCUUUCUCAGCCGGUGCCGAGGGUUCGAGAGUCAAAGAUAUUAUAAGCCUGAGACCGAAAAUCUUCAGUGAUUCGCAAGUCAUUGUCGUCAUGGGCCGGGGCAAAGCUGAGAUCAAGCGACGACCCUAUCUCUCGCUUGUACGCGCCUUGGACCCGGCAACGGUUGAGCUGGAACCUGACCUGGUGGCUGUCAAGAAAAGGCUGGAAGCUGCCUUGGACGAGGGCGAAGCACACAGAUACGUCUUCGUGGAUGAUCGAGAGGUCGAAGCGGCGAAGGCCACACUCUUGACAUCAGCAUCGAACAGAAGGGGUGACCAGCCGGAGCGCGGUCGCAGGCGAGGCAAGCGAAGACACGAAUGCGUCCCAGACCACGAAGACGGAGAAACAGACCCGGAGACGAGCCACGCCGAUGCCAAGAUCAGAGUGAUGUGCAACGAGGACAUUGUGCAGAGUCUAAUCUUGGGGAAGUUGUGGAUUGGAUGAGCCGCUCACGGAUUCACGUGCACAGUUAUGCAAUGAGACAGGGGGUUAUUCGGACACGCAAAAGACGAAUCUUUUGGGAGGGGCCCAGCUGAAGGGUACAUGGUAGAUAGCGGUGUCGAGUCCGGCUUGCCAUGCCGCUUGGACAUACCGUGCUGGGCCCCGAAGAGGGG